GUUAUUGACGUAGCUUGGCUGUCGUUGGCAUUGGCACCACGACGGUUAUCCGAGUAGACAGCUAAGCUUGGAAAUGUCCACCAAGGGGAGAGAGAGUGCUCCUAUUUAACAACCACGUUCUUUUUAUUUGCAUAAAAUUCGAAUUGCAGGCCAAUUGUUGAGUCUUUAUUGAUAUCUACAAUGCGGUCAGCAGUACUGCUGUCCUCGCGGUGGACAGCAUACUUUGUGUUCCUGUCAGCGUUAUGUUGUCUAUUUACCCCAGCUGUCAUGGUAAAGACUGAAAAUUUCAAGACCUGUGAUCAAUCAGGCUUUUGCAAGAGAAACCGACAAUAUGCAACGACUGCUGCCGAAGAAGGAAAUCGGUGGGUCGCACCAUACUCGAUCGCAGACGAGACAAUCACAUUCUCUGGUGGCCAACUGCAAGCGGUUAUAGUCAAGGCUCUUGAUACGCAAGGUCAAUUUGUUAAAUUGCCCGUUACUAUAUCAUUCUUGCAGUCAGGAACUGCCAGGGUUACGGUCGACGAAGAGAAGCGAAAGAACGGCGAUAUUGAGUUGAGACACAACAGCAAGGCCAGGAAGGAACGCUAUAACGAAGCCGCAGACUGGGCACUUGUUGGAGGGCUAGAGUUGAACAAAGAUGCAGAAGUUAUUGAAAGGAAUAAGGAGACGACGACCGUUCGAUAUGGACCCAACAAGGAGUUCGAAGCUGUCAUCGGCCAUUCCCCAUUCCGCAUGGAGUUCAAGCGAAACGGUGUCACGGAAAUCAAGCUCAAUGACAGAGGCCUCAUUAAUGUCGAGCACUGGCGUGCAAAGAUUGAGCGUGAAGUGAAGGAAGUGAAGGAGGGAGAGGAGGCGGCUUCUGAAGAGAAUGUAGAAGGAUCAGUUGAUGACUCCACAUGGUGGGAUGAGUCGUUCGGCGGAAACACUGAUACGAAGCCCCGUGGACCGGAGAGUGUAGCUUUGGACAUCACAUUCCCAGGUUAUAGCCACGUUUAUGGUAUUCCUGAGCAUUCGGGACCCCUCUCGUUGAAGACGACGAAGGGAGGCGAUGGCAACUACGAUGAGCCAUACCGUAUGUACAAUGCGGAUGUCUUCGAGUAUAUUGUGGACAGCCCAAUGACGCUCUAUGGCUCUAUUCCUUUUAUGCAGGCUCAUAAGAAGGAUUCCACUGUUGGUGUCUUCUGGCUCAAUGGUGCCGAGACGUGGGUUGAUGUCAUCAAAGAGACAGAAGCCCACAACCCAUUGAGCCUGGGCAUUGGUUCCAAAACCGAUACCAAGACACACUGGGUCUCAGAGGGCGGCCUCUUGGAUGUGUUUGUUUUCCUGGGCCCAACACCCACAGACGUCACAACGGCAUAUGGUGAGCUUACCGGAUACACUCAACUUCCACAGGAUUUCGCCAUCGCAUACCACCAGUGCCGCUGGAAUUAUGUCACGGACGAUGAUGUUAAGGACGUUGAUCGUAAGAUGGACAAGUUCAAGAUUCCAUACGAUGUCAUCUGGCUUGAUAUUGAGUACACCGACGGAAAGAAAUACUUCACCUGGGAUCCCCACACCUUCGCUAACCCGAUUGGCAUGGGCGAGCAACUUGAUGAGCAUGGAAGAAAACUUGUUGCUAUUAUUGACCCCCACAUCAAGAACGAGGGUGGCUACCACGUCGUGGACGAGAUGAAGAAGAAGGAUCUGGCGGUCCACAACAAAGACGGCGACAUUUACGAAGGCUGGUGUUGGCCUGGGUCCUCCCACUGGAUUGAUGCCUUCAACCCACUCGCCAUCAAGUGGUGGACUGGCCUAUUCAAAUACAGUGCGUUCAAGGGCAGUCUCUCCAACACCUUCAUCUGGAACGACAUGAACGAGCCUUCUGUCUUCAACGGUCCUGAAACCACUAUGCCGAAAGACAACCUCCAUCACGGCAACUGGGAGCACCGUGAUCUCCACAACAUCAACGGCAUGACCUUCCACAACGCCACCUACCAAGCCCUGCUUACCCGCGAGAAGUCCGAGGCGCCCCAGCGCCCAUUCGUUCUCACGCGCUCUUUCUUCGCAGGCUCCCAGCGUUUGGGCGCCAUGUGGACCGGUGACAACGAAGCCAAAUGGUCUCACCUCGCCGCUUCCUUCCCCAUGGUCCUCGCCAACGGUAUUGCAGGCUUCCCCUUCGCCGGCGCCGACGUCGGCGGCUUCUUCGGUAACCCCGAGAAAGACCUCCUAACUCGCUGGUACCAAGCCGGUGCCUUCUACCCCUUCUUCCGCGGGCACGCCCACAUCGACACCCGCAGACGUGAGCCCUACCUCAUCGGUACUCCAUACACCGAGAUUAUCACCCAGGCCCUCCGCCUCCGCUACUCCCUCCUCCCAGCAUGGUACACCGCCUUCCACGAGGCCUCCGUGAAUGGAACUCCCAUCAUCCGCCCCCAUUACUUCGUCUACCCCGGCGACGAGGCCGGUUUCGCAAUUGACGACCAAUUCUUCGUCGGCGGCACGGGCCUCCUCGUCCACCCCGUCGUCACUGAGGGUGCCACGAGCGUCGAGGCGUACUUGCCGGAUGACCAGGUUUACUACGAUUACUUUACCUAUAAAACCUACCAGGGACACGGCACACACACCGUCCAGGCCCCGCUGGAUACCAUCCCAGUCCUCAUGCAGGCCGGGCACAUUAUCCCCCGCAAAGACCGCCCCCGCCGCAGCAGCGACCUAAUGCGAUACGAUCCAUACACCCUCGUCGUCACCCUCGACAGUGCCAGCAACGCCCAGGGCGAGCUCUACGUCGAUGACGGGCAGACCUUUGAGUUCGAACAGGGCGCGUACAUUCACCGCUCCUUCUCCCUCAAUGGAGCGACGGACUAA